AGCACAGUGUGUGUGUGUGUGUGUGUGUGUGUGUGUGUGUGUGUGUGUGUGUGUGUGUGUGUGUGUGUGUGUCACCUUGCAUGUGACAGCGGAUGCUCUGCCUCAGCACUGAGAACCGGUCAGAGACUCGGACGGAACAAAACAGCGAUGAUGAAAUAGUAGAAACAGCUUCUACAGAACAGAACAGAAUCUAAUAGAACAGAAUCUAAUAGAACAGAAUCUAAUAGAACAGAACCUGCAGUGAAGCGAGUCAGAUCCUCUCCCAUGAUGCCUCGGGUGUCGUUCACGCCUCCCUCGCCGUGCCUCCCCUCGCUCCCCGUGCUGGAGCGCCUCCUCCCCGCGCUCCCUCCGACGUUGCGCGACGUGGACGUCCCCCGUCUGUUCCGGGAGCCGUUCAUCCUGUCCGGGUACCGACCCGUGGGCCUGUCGUGGCGCUGUUACGUCCUCAGUCUCUUCCAGAUGCACAACGAGACGGUGAACGCGUGGAGCCACCUGUUGGCCGCCGCCUGUCUGGUCGUGAGGUUUACGGCGUUCGCCGUCCUUCGGGGAGGGGGGAUUCUGGGAUUUCGGCUGCAGGGUCCCGAAGGUCAGGGCUUUUCCGUGGACGUGUCCUCGCUGCCUCUGGUCCUCUACGUCUUCUCCGCAGUCACGUACCUGAGCUGCAGCGCUGCAGCUCACCUGCUGCAGUCCCGCUCGGAGCAGGCGCAUCACUCCCUCUGCCUCCUGGACUACGUGGGCGUGGCCGUCUACCAGUACGGCUCUGCUCUGGCUCUGUGUCUGUACAGCUCCGACAGCGCCUGGACGCAAAGCAUGCUGGGAAAGGUCUUUCUCCCGGCCGCCGCCCUCCUCGCCUGGCUCUCCUGCAUCACCUGCUGCUACGCAAAGAUUAAUUUCCGUCGACCGUAUCCGACGCACAGGAAGCUGUGCCAGCUGGUCCCGAUGGGCGUGGCCUAUCUGCUGGUCAUCAACCCCGUCGCCCACCGCCUCGCCACCUGCAGCUGGACCAACCGCUCCGCUCUGCCGCUGCACUUCCUGCAGGUGGUGCUGUUUCUUCUCUCGGCCGUCUUCUUCUCUUGCCCCGUCCCCGAGCGCUUCGCCCCCGGCCGCUUCGACAUCGUGGGCCACGGCCACCAGCUCUCCCACAUCCUGCUGUCGCUCUGCACGCUCGCCCAGCAGGAGGCGCUGCUCGAGGACUUCCUGUGGCGGCGGCCGGCGCUGGUCAGGGAGUUCGGAGAGGAGCGCCUCCUGCUGGCCUGCGCCUCCUUCUUCGGCCUGGCGCUCUGCUGCGCCGCGACGGCGCUCGCCAUGAGGGUGGGAGCCUGUGACCUCAUGGAUGCAUGGGAUUAUUUACUUAAAUCACCACAACUUAAAAAGUUACUCUUACUAAACGUUAGCUAAUGGAAAGGAUAAUGUGAUAAAGAUAAUGGAUAGAUGGAUGUUAAAGUGGCGAGGCAAAUACUAGGAAAUAAAAUUCAGAAAAAAUGGGAUCUAUGCUUUUUAUUGAAAAAUGUCAUAUUGUAAUUCCCUGAAGAUCUAUUGAUAAUAUUAACAUUCCAAUGUGUUGUUUUCUUGUCUGUCUCGAAUGUAAACAUUUUAAUUCUCUGUAAACGGGAACCUGAGACGACCUUCGUUGUGUUACGUUGAGACCAAUGAGGGAAAUGCAGUUAGAAGGUUAAUGUUGACGUGCAGAUGUCGUCACACCCAGUUCGUCUCGCAGUUUUGGAAGGCUUUCUGUGGUUUGAUUGGGGCCACCGUCAGUUUGUCUUCUGGGUACCACCCACAGUCUAAUGGACAGACGGGGAGACUCAACCAGGAGAUGGAGACGGGUCUUCGCUGCCUGGUCUCCCAGAACCCGGCUUCCUGGUCUAAGUAACUGCUGUGGGUUGAGUAUGCCCACAACACCCUGCCCUGCUCAUCCACCGGCUUAUCCCCCUUCCAGUGUUUCUACGGUUAUCAACCUCCGCUGUUUCCUGCCCUUGAGAGGGAGGUGGGGGUCAACUCUGCGUUAGCCUUGGUCAGACGCAGCCGGCGCACGUGGACAAGGGCCCGACAGGUUCUCUUGUGGAACAGGGAUCGAUACAAGACACAGGCUGACCGACGGAGAUCCGAGGCAACACACUAUCAGGUGGGACAGAGGGUGUGGUUGGCUACCAAGGACCUUCCUCUACGCACUGAAGGCCGUAAGUUGGCUCCUCGUUUUGUGGGUCCCUUCCCCGUAUCUAAAGGUAUUAACCCUGUGGCUGUGAGGUUGCAACUCCCCAGGUCCAUGAGGGUCCACCCCAUAUUUCAUGUGAGCAAGGUCAAGCCUGUAAGGAGAGCGUUAUGGUCCCGGCCACAGCUCAUCCCCCUCCUCCUCGUCUCAUUGAUGGGGGUCCCGUCUACACUGUCCGCAAGCUUCUGGUGGUCAGGAGACGGGGCCGCGGACGUCAGUAUCUGGUGGACUGGGAGGGGUAUGGACGAGAGGAGAGGUCAUGGGUGUCCAGGGUAACAUUCUGGAUCCGAGCCUGAUUAGGGAUUACCAUCAACAGCAUCCGGAGGAGCCUGGGCCGUCCGGUGUCGGCCUUAGAGGGAGGGGACUGUCACAUCGAGUUCCCGCUCUUAGUUCAUGUUUUGUUUGUUUCGCUGACUUCCUGUUUUAUUUUGUUAACUAACCGCCUGUCUCACUCCAGGUAACUUGUCUUCCCGCCUGUGUGAUUACCCUAAUGUGUGUCCCCUGUGUGUAAUCGUCCUCCCCUGUCUCAGUGUAUAUGGACUCACCUUCU